AUGAGUGAUGAAAAAGUGAAGAUGCGAAAGCAGCUCGGGCUGCUGGAAGGUGUCGCUAUUAUUUUAGGAAUAAUAUUCGGCAGUGGUAUAUUUAUAUCGCCCAAGGAGGUUUUGGAAAAAACGGGGUCGGUAUGGGGCGCACUGUCUGUUUGGGCCGCUUGCGGAGGCCUAGCAACCCUUGGGGCCAUGUCAUAUGCAGAGUUGGGUACUACAUUGGCACAGAGUGGUGGCGACUACCAUUACAUUAAUGAGGCCUAUGGACCUUUACCAGCAUUCCUCUACUUGUGGGACGCUAACUUAGUAUUUGUGCCGAGUACAAACGCUAUAAUGUCACUGACCUUCGCCAACAACAUUCUGGACCCAAUAUUUCCCGACUGCCCCAUAGACCCCUUGUGUAGAAAACUUAUUGCAGCUGUCACUAUAUGUUUCCUCACGUUCAUAAAUGCAUACGACGUCAGAUUUACGACCAGGAUCCAGAAUGUGUUCAUGUUCACCAAGAUUACGGCGCUCGUCAUCAUUAUAGUCGGCGGCAUCAUCUGGAUGGGCAAAGGUGGGACUGAACACUUCGAGGAUGGAUGGGCUGGCACGAAGUCAUCGGUCAGCGAUUGGUCCGUUGCAUUCUACUCCGGUAUCUUCUCAUAUUCAGGCUGGAACUACCUAAACUUCAUGACAGAAGAACUGAAGGAUCCCUUCGUGAAUCUUCCGCGAGCGAUCUACGUGUCCCUGCCCAUGGUGACCGCGAUAUACCUGCUGGCUAAUGUCUCGUACCUGGCCGUUCUCGGGCCAUUGGGAGUAUUGGCUACUGAGGCUAUAGCCGUGGACUUUGCAACGUCUUGCCUGGGUUUCCUACGAUGGGCGAUGCCUACUCUGGUCGCUAUCGCCAUUCUGGGCGGUCUGUCCGUGCACAUCAUGACAUCAUCACGCAUGUGCUUCGCCGGCGCCCGCAACGGACACAUGCCCGAGUUACUAGCCCACAUCAAUGUCAAAUGCAUGUCACCGAUGCCUUCACUUGUGUUUUUGAUGCUGAUCUCAAUUCUGAUGUUAAUCCCGAACAACUUGACAUCGCUAAUCACUUACUGCACGGUGGUGGAGUCCUUCUUCACCACGUUGAGCUGCAGUGCAGUGCUAUGGCUCCGGUACAAGAGGCCUGACCUACCAAGACCUAUCAAGGUGCAACUGUGGAUGCCGAUAGUAUUCGUGAGUAUAAGCGCGGUACUGCUGGUGGUGCCGGUGGUGAGCGAGCCGGUGGCCGUCAUUGCCGGCGCGCUGAUGACACUCGCCGGAGUCCCAGUGUACUACGGCCUCGUGCGCUCCAAGCCAAAGUUCGUCGAGACUGCUUCUACCAAAUUCACUCACUGCUGUCAAAAGCUGUUUCUGUCUGCCGUCGAAGAAAAAGAAGAGUAG